AUGAUAGUCAUCGAUUUCGUAAAAAUCGCGUUGUGUUUAGUGUUAUUUUUUGACAAAGUCACGUCAUUUGUCGAUGUUGACAAUGUUAAAUCACAGAUUCGCUUGCCAGAUGCAUUGCAACCAAUAAAGUACUAUUUACAUAUUACUACUCGAAUUCAUCAGGACAUUCUGAGAUUCAAUGGAAACGUUACUAUUGAAUUUAUAGUUAAAGAACCUACAAAUCAGAUUGUUCUCCAUGCAAAUCAAUUAUAUGACUUUGAGAUUUCUUUGCGAAAUUUACAAACUGAUGAGAAAGUUGAAGGAAUCGAUUAUAUUCAAGGCACACAUAAUUUCUUGGGAAUAUAUUCGAAAAACAAUAAUUUGGAUUUUAAAACGGGUGAACGAUAUCGUUUGGAAAUACUUUACACUGGUGGACAUCAAGACAGAAGUUUCGGAUUUUAUAGGGAUACUUAUUUGGAUGACAAUCAAAAUGUCAUUCCCUUGGCAAUAACUAAGUUUGAACCAACAAAAGCUCGAAAUACAUUUCCAUGCUUUGACGAACCACACUUAAAGGCAAGAUUUGUUAUCAGCAUUACCCAUGGCAGCAACUAUACAGCUGUAUCUAAUAUGCCAAUUGAUGGAGUACCAGUUUACAAUGUUAAAACCCAAAUGACAACAACAACUUUCAUGGAGACCCUAAAAAUGUCAACUUACCUCCUUGCAUUUGCUGUUACCAACUACAAACACGUAAGCGAGGUUGUAAACGGACGAGAAUAUGGAGUUUAUUUCCCACCAAAUUCGAGAGACAAUGGAACAAAUGCCUUGAAAAAUGGUAUCAAUUCUUUAACAGCUCUUGAACAAUAUUUCGGAAUUGACUAUCCUCUGCCGAAACUUGAUCAUAUUCGAGUUGAAAAAACUUAUGGAAUUGCUAUGGAAAAUUGGGGAUUAUUAACUUAUAAUAAUAAAAAUUUCGUUACAAAUAUUCGAAAUAAUUCGUGGGAAGAAAUGCAAAAGAUCAUAUCACAAAAUCAUGAAAUUGCUCAUCAAUGGUUUGGAAAUUUAGUAACACCAAAAUGGUGGUCAUAUCUUUGGUUGAAGGAGGGAUUUGCUGUUUAUUUUAGUUAUAUUGCAACUCAAUUGGUCUUUCCCGAAAUGGUUAUUGAUGAAUAUUUCAUUUUGACUGAAAUCCGUAAUGCAUUCAACCAGUAUUCCGGUACACAUCCAUUGACAGUUUAUGUUGAAGAAGGUUAUGAUAUCAAAAUGAUUUACAAUACUGUUUCUUACAGUUUUGGUAGCUGUUUCGUACGAAUGUUUCAUCAUGCUAUUGGUCAUAAGACCUUCCUCAAAGGUGUUACUAAAUACUUGACAAAAUUCCAAUACUCUGUUGCUGACGAACACGAUCUCUUCAACGCUUUUCAAGAAGCCAUCAACGAGGACAAUGUCACAUUAUUUCAACACCAUAAAACAGCUGCUAUAAUGCGUUCUUGGACCCGCAACACAGGUUUUCCAACAUUAUUCGUUACAAGAAAUUUCGAAAAUGGCACUAUUACCUUCCGACAAAAAUGUAGCACAUAUUGUGAGUCCGAAGACAGAUGGUGGAUUCCACUAAAUUUCGCAACAGCAUCAAAUCCUGAUUUUACCAAAACCACAGCUGAUUAUAUAAUUCCACCGGAAAAUGAAUUCACUAUCAGUCUCAAAGACCUCAAUUUGAAUAUGAAAAACAGUGAUUGGUUAAUUGUUGAUAAGCAACAAACUGGUAUUUAUCAUGUGUUUUAUGAUGAAAAAAGUAUGAGACUUUUAGCUGAAGCAUUGAAUAAGGAUAAUACGAAAAUACAUGCCUUCAAUCGUGCCAAAAUUCUUCUAGACCUCAAAGAUCAUAAAGAUUUGUCAGUGGAAACUUUCCUAGAAGUCGUUCGAUAUCUGAAAUUCGAAGAAAACUUGAUGGUGUGGGAAAUUUCAGUUGACUUGAUUUUAAACUUUUACAACAAAGUUGUUAAUAGUAAACCUAAAGAAAUUGAACCUAUUAAUUUCUUUAUACGUCAAUUGGUUAGAAAAGUUUUUCAUAGAAUCAAUAGCAAUCCAUUACUUGUGGUACAUGAUGGUUUAUUCAAAGAAAAGAUUCUUAAAAUUGCUUGUAAAGUUCAUCUUGAUGAGUGUCCAAAAAUGAAUGCAUUUUUCAAUUUUUUCAAGACCAUAAAAGAAGCUAUUUAUGGAAAAGAAUGGGAAUAUAAAUUUUUAAGUACAACUUUCGAGAAGAAUGAUAUGGAACGUAUUCAAAAAUUGAUGGACCAAUACUAUUUGGAUGGCUCAACAUUAAGUGAACUCCUGAUUAAGAGAUCAAAAACUAUUGGAUGCCUUUAUUCAUUUCUGUUUAUGUUUCGCUUAAUCAUCUUUCAUACAAAAAAAAAAAUUCUUAUCAGUAUACUCUUAGUAUACAAACCGAAGAUUGAUUGUGAAAACUUCUUAGUCUCAUCAGCGCGCUUCAACAUGAUAGUUAUUGAUUUCCUUAAAAUCGCGUUGUGUUUGGUAGCAUUUUUUGACCAAGUCGCGUCAUUUUCAGAUGUUGACAAUGUAACAUCACGAAUUCGCUUGCCUCGUGCAUUGCGACCAACAAAGUACUAUUUACAUAUUACCACUCGAAUUCAUCAGGACAUUCUAAGAUUCAAUGGAAACGUCAGUAUUGAAUUGACAGUUAAAGAACCUACCGAUGAAAUUGUUCUUCAUGCAAAAAGUCUGUAUGACUUUGAGGUGUCUCUGAGAAAUUUACGAACUGAUGAGGAAGUUAAAGGACUUCGAUAUGUUCACGAGCACAGAUACAAUUUCUUGAGAAUAUUUUCGACUAGCAAACCUUUGGAACUUAUGGCGGGUGAAAGAUAUCGUUUGGAAAUUCUUUACACUGGUGAACAUCAGGACACAAAUUUCGGAUUCUAUAGGGAUACUUAUUUGGAUGACAACAAAGAUGUUAUACCCCUAGCAAUUACUCAAUUUGAACCAACCAGCGCUCGAACAGCAUUCCCAUGCUUUGAUGAACCACAUUUAAAAGCAAGAUUUGUAAUCAGUAUUACCCAUGGCAGCAACUAUACAGCUGUAUCUAAUAUGCCAAUUGAUGGAGUACCAGUUCACAAUGUUGAAACCCAAAUGACAACAACAACUUUCCUCAAGACUCUAAAAAUGUCAACUUACAUUGUUGCAUUUGCUGUAACCAACUACAAACACGUAAGCGAGGUUGUAAAUGGACGAGAAUAUGGAGUUUAUUUCCCACCAAAUUCGAGAGACAAUGGAACAAAUGCCUUGAAAAAUGGUAUCAAUUCUUUAACAGCUCUUGAACAAUAUUUCGGAAUUGACUAUCCUCUGCCGAAACUUGAUCAUAUUCGAGUAGAAAAAACUUAUGGAAUUGCUAUGGAAAAUUGGGGAUUAUUAACUUAUAAUAAUAAAAAUUUCGUCACAAACAUUCGAAAUAAUUCGUGGGAAGAAAUGCAAAAGAUCAUAUCACAAAAUCAUGAAAUUGCUCAUCAAUGGUUUGGAAAUUUAGUAACACCAAAAUGGUGGUCAUAUCUUUGGUUGAAGGAGGGAUUUGCUGUUUAUUUUAGUUAUAUUGCAACUCAAUUGGUCUUUCCCGAAACUGUUAUUGAUGAAUAUUUCAUUUUGAAAGAAAUCCGUGACGUAUUCAAACACAAUUACCAUUAUCAUCCUUUGACAAUCUACGUUGAAGAAGAAGAUGAUAUCAGAAAGGCUUACAAUAUUGUUUCUUACAGAUUCGCUAGUUGUUUCGUACGAAUGUUUCAUCAUGCUAUUGGUCAUAAGACUUUCGUCAAAGGUGUUGCUAUCUACUUGACAAGAUUCCAAUACUCUGUUGCUGACGAAAACGACCUUUUUAAUGCUCUUCAAGAAGCUAUUGAUGAGGACAAUGUGACACUAUUUCGAAACAAUAAAACAGCUGCUAUAAUGAGUUCUUGGACCCACAACACAGGUUUGCCAAUAGUCUUCGUUACAAGAAACUUCGAAAGUGGCACUAUUACCUUCCGACAAAGAUGUAGCACAAGUCGUGUUUCUGAAGAAAGAUGGUAUAUUCCGCUAAGUUUUGCCACAGCAUCAAAUCCAGAUUUCACUAAGACCACAGCUGAUUACAUUAUGCCACCGGAAGAAGAAGUCACUGUCAGUCUCAAAGAUCUCAACUUGAAUAUCAAAAACAGUGAUUGGUUAGUAGUUGACAAACAGCAAACUGGAAUUUAUCAUGUAUUUUACGAUGACAAAAGUAUGAGACUUCUAGCUGAAGCUUUAAAUAACGAUCAUACAAAAAUACAUGCCUUCAAUCGUGCGAAACUUCUUCGAGACCUUGAAGAUCAAAAUGAUUUAUCGGUGGAAACUUUCCUAGAAAUCAUUCGGUAUCUGAAAUUCGAAGAAGACUUGUUGGUAUGGGAAAAUGCAGCUGACUUAAUAUUGAACUUUUACAACAAGUUACUUGGAAGCAAGUCCAAUGAACCUCUCAAAUUCUUUAUUCGUGGUUUGGUUAGAAAGGUUUUUCAAAGAAUCUUCAUCAAUCCACAAAAAGAUCCUUCAAUGUCUGUUCAUGAGGCUUCAUUUAAAGAGAAGAUUCUCAAAAUAGCUUGUGAAGUUGAUCUUAGCGACUGUCUGAAAUAUACACAAAAACUUACUACCGAUUAUUUUCUUAAUGAAUUAAGUGACGACCACUUAAAGUCGGAUUUUACACUUUGUCAAGGUCUCAAAAUUGCUGCAUUUGAUGAAUUCAAAAAGCUAGUAAUGAAAGUUACCACACCCGAUAGUAGUAUUGUGAAAUUCUAUGAAUUUUUGUUUUCGUUGAAAUGUGUAAAGUCGCUGGAAAAUAUUCAAUAUUUUCUUGAAACUGUUUCAAAUAAUGAGAAUGCAACAGCAGUUUCAAGUUUAAAUAGUCCGGUUUUGAGGAGAAGAUAUUCCAAAAAUACAGGCUUAUCUAUGUUGUAUUUGUUGAAUGUCGAAGCGAGACCGAUGAUUUAUGAGUUUUUAGUGAAAAAAGAUAAGCAAACUGCUGAAGCUAUUCGAGAUGGAGCAAUAAAUAUGGAAAGAGGAAUGGAAGAUCAAUUGUUGUCAAAGAAGGCUUUCCAGAAGAAUUAUAAAGAACGAAUUCAAACAUGGCUGGAGAGUUACUAUUUAGAUUCUCCAUUAUUUCCAAAAUCAGAUGAUUAACAUAUUUUUGGAAGGAAUAAAUGUCAAAAUGAA